AUGACGUAUUUUUGGUCAGCUGACAUACAGCAAGGUCAGCUGACCAAAAAAGGAACUAGCAAAUCAUUACAAUCCUCGGUGGGUACAUUUCCUAACGUGAGGUUUUUGUUAUAUUUCUGAAGGUUCAUCAAAUCAAAUACACACACCGUAAAUACAAUUAUCAUGGGGCUUUCAAAGACAGAGGAGACAUCUCUCCUGCUCGACGAACAGCUUCUACAAUACAUGGACCAGCUGGAGUCACUGCAGGAGAAACGUUCAGCUCUCAACACUCUCAUAGAGCAGGGAUGGUUUUCAUUGUCCAAGGCACGGUACUCCAUGGGCAACAAGCAAGUGUCCUCUCUUCAGUAUGCCAGUGAGAUGGAGCCACAGAUUUUCGUGCAAGCCAGGGCAGUGGAGAAUGAUGCACUUGAGUUCUGCACGGAAAGAAUAACAAUCCAAAGUCCUACUGAGCGCGUCCAGAACACCACGUCUGUGGAGGACAUCGGGCCGAAAGAGGAGGGUGUGAGGAGAAGGAUCAAGGCAAGUAAGGACAUGGCUGAACCAGAGGAGCUUGUGGGAGCUUCCACUGAGAAUCCUUCGCCCACAUCCACAAAGCCUCCCAGCGGGUCUCACAGAAACAACAGUGAUCAGAAUCCUCAAGCGGACCCGUUGAAAUGGUUCGGGAUUCUGGUGCCACAGACCCUGAAACAAGCACAGUCAUCGUUCAGGCAAGUUAUAGAGCUGUCCGCGGAGAUCGCUACUCUACAGGCUGCAGUUCUCAAGACCAGAGAGGAGUUUAGGCUUGCCCUGAAACUGAGCUGUUGAAACCAUUGCGAGUAAAGUCUGAGCAGUAAUCUUUAUACAUAUUGACAGAUGAUUAGGAAAGUCGACUGGAGUCACACAGGUGGAACCAAAUGUUCUGGUGAAUUUUAUUAGGUUGUAUACAGACCUUUGAUGUCACUGGGACAAAUGUUGGUUAGUGUUAUUUAAAGAUUAAGUCAUGUCAUGUCUGUGUUUUCAAAUUGGAUUGGUAGCUUUUUGUAUAAAGGGAUAUUAUGCUUAUAUGUUUGUUUUUUGACUGAAGUGAAACAAUGUUUAAUUUAAAUCUUGGAAAUAAAAUGUUCUGUACAGAUGGGCACUUUA